GGAACCGUAAACGGAGAGAGAGAGAGACAGACUCGGAACAAUGAAAAUAGAACGAACAUGCACGAACGUAUCUUGAUCAAAUUAAGGACCGACGUCCUGGUAAAGGGUCAGGUCAAAAGUACCCGAAACCGCCGAGCUUGUAUGAAGAGAGUUAUGAAUGUGGAUGAAGCGAAGGAAGUAUGCAGAGAUCGUGGCAAGUGAAAAGAGGUAGUCGCUGCCUACCCCUCCGGGAAAGAGGCGUGAUUUUGAUGCAUGAUGAGAAAUGAAAACAAAACUGACAUAUGACGAAGACAAGGCAAGACGAAUGAGACGACGCUUGUUGACAUUAUAACUGAUUAGAUUAUAACCUAAUAUUAUAUAUCUGUGGGUGGACGAGGUCAACCAGGUGCAUUUUGAAGUAUUGUUUUUUUUUGCCGCUCGUUGUUUAUCUUAUUAAAAAUAAAAUAGAGAAAGUAUAUAAAAACGUAAAAAACCAUGGCAUCACACGGCAACCAUCAUCCCGCUAAGCAUUCUAUACCUAUUGAUAUGUUAGAUGACCUGUGUAGCCGUUUUAUAAUAAAUCUACCGCAAGAAGAUCGAGGCAAUUUAGUCCGUAUAUGUUUUCAAAUUGAAUUGGCCCACUGGUUCUACUUAGAUUAUUACUGCACAGACGAAUCAAACCGGCUGAACCCAUGUGGGAUAAGAGAGUUUGCUGCUCACAUAUUUCAGCAUGUUCCCCAUCUGCGUGAGCACAUUAGUAAACUUGAUGAAGUUCUUGACAACUGGAGAGAAUACAAACAAACGGUACCUACAUAUGGAGCCAUACUUUUAGAUACAGACUUGACACAUGUGCUACUUGUACAGUCUUUCUGGACGAAAGCCUCAUGGGGGUUCCCGAAAGGCAAGGUAAAUGAAGAUGAAGAGCCUUGGAAAUGCGCUGUUAGAGAGGUACUAGAAGAAACGGGUUUUGAUAUAAGCAAGUUGAUUAACAAGAAUGACUAUAUUGAGGCGACGAUUCACGAUCAAAUCGUGCGACUGUACAUUAUAGGUUUUAUACCAAGGGAUACCAAAUUCCAGCCUAGAACAAGGAAUGAAAUCAAAUCCUGUGAAUGGUUUGCACUGUCUGACCUACCCACCAAUAAAAAGGACAUGACGCCCAAGUUGAAAAUGGGUGUUAGCCCAAAUGCAUUUUUUAUGGUAUUACCAUUCGUUAAACGCAUGAAAAGAUGGGUAGCUGAACGCAAUCCGAAAGUUUUCAAUAAUAGUACAAAACGCACUAGACACAAGUCUAUGGGGGAUAUAGAAGCUUCAACGAGCAAGAAUAAGACAAAUCAAAAAUCGAUUUCUCAAGGAUUAGAGAAUGAGAUUAAAGAAUUCCAGCAGCAGAAUUCUGCAGGGAAGUACAAGAAUAGCGGAAUCCAGGGUAGUGGUGCUAAGAACAAUAAUACAUAUGUAAAUAGUAACAGGAAAGAGAGGAAAAUAACUAAAAGGCAGUUGUUUACUCCUCAGAAUGAGCAAGAGAGUAAUGCGUCGCCAGAACAAAAGGGUGGGAGCCCAGAUGAAGUAAGUGAUUAUGAUCACUUCUUCAGCUUUGUGGCCCCAUCGUGGGCCAAUUUUAAGUUUGACCAACGAGCAAUCUUAGAUUGCCUCACUUGAACACAUGAAAAUUCAGAACUCUAAAUUCCCUAUCUACUGGAUCACGUCCUCAGAUUGUAACUUGAUUAAAAUCUUUUUACAUUGGAAGUAUUUUUCUUUUAUUUUACAUCAACUAACACUGUGCAUUUGUAUACAGUGUUAGCAUCUUGUAAUUGAAGUCUUUCUUCUAAGAACAAUCCUUACAGCCACUAUUAUCGAUAUCAAGUUUUUACUUGCAUAAAAUCACGCCUCUUUUCCUGAGGGGUAGUCAGAGACUACAUCAUAAUUCUACUAUAUCACGCUUUUAUCUCAAGCCUUUUCAGCUGAAACUAAGAUAUUUAGCGGUAGCAAAAAAUUAAACAAAGUCUUAUCGGAUCUAAUAAUAAGUCUACAGCUAAAAUUAAUUCUUUAUUUAAUAUCUUAAACACGAAAUAAUAUAUAAUGAUAACAAAUUAAUAUCACAUCGAAAAUACAAUGCUAAGAAGAACUAAACUUAAACAAAUUACAAAAAUAUACAAAAUUCGUCUAGAAAUUAAUCACGUCAAAUUAAAACUGGCUAUUGUAUUUUUGUAAAUAAUACAUGUUUGAUAUCUGUCUGUAAAAAAUAUGUCUUGCUAUAUAUUACUAUACUUAAAGAACUAACAAAUGAGAUAAUGUGCAAAACAAUUCCAAUACUGUUUCCAUCUAUCACAAUGUUUUUUAACUAUUGUUUUAAAUUCUACCAAUCUCUUAGCUUGUCAUGGUUAAAUAUUGACUAAAACUUUAUGGCCUAUGUAUUUAAAUAUGGUGUAGUGCUGUGCUUGAAUAAGACGGUCAAUUUUAUUAUAACUCAUAAUUACAUUGUACAGAUCCUCAUUUCAUUAUCCUACAAGGACAUUUAAUAUUUUUAUCUCCAUAAUGUUAUUGUUGGCUGUUAACAAUUUUAAUGAAAUUCGAGCACAUCAACGUUUAAACACAGAAAAUUCUUAUGAAACCCACAUAAUGUUGGUCAUAUAUUUUAUAAAUACUAACCAGACGUUGGAUUACUCAAUAUAAUUUACCUAUCCUAUUUACAUUAUACAUAUUUUAGGCACUUUCUUUGACAUACGUUUUGUUACCUCAUUGUUUUAUUAGUAUUAAAUCAAUAAAUAAACUGUA